AAUUCAUUUAGAGAUCAGCGAUCUAGUCUUACAUGGACGUUUUGAGAUAUUCCCGAAGCCCUAUACGAAACACGGGACGAUACUUCAGCACAUGCUUCAGCAGAUAGGCAUUCUGUAUUCAUUUAUUUGUGUUGAAAUGACUCAAUGAUUAUGAGGUUCUUAUAUUUCAAUGCCAUGAUAACCACCUGCAUCGCGCUCAUAUUAUGUUUGCCCAACGAAGGAUUUGGACUUAAUUGUGUUGGGAUUCUCGGAGUCUCGGGCCGUGAAGUUGGGAAAGAUGAACCAGUUUGAUCGAUAAUGUGCAACAUUCUUCACGAGUGUUUAUUUCUUCAAACAAAAUGGCGGAGAGAGAAGACGAUGACCAUCGAGCUCUAUUAAUUGCCACUUGAGCCAUCAAGGCAGCCUCUGUUUCAAGUGCUUCAUCAAUGGAUUUCUCAAUUAUCAGAAGUCUAGGAAUUCAGGAAGCGAAGGUUUAGCACGUAUUCCUGAAGAUUCAAAGUGCUCACAUUCCAUGUGGUCACCAUGCCUAAGAAGAGGGUUUCACACAAGAACAAGAAAGGGCAACAGUCAUCAGCAAAGGACAGCCCAAGAAAUACCAAAGAUGAGAAUUCAAAAGGACCCAGUACCAAUCCCCAAGGGACACCAGGAGACGGAGAAAAAGCAUGGCCCAUGAAGGAUGGAGCCACAGAUUCUGUAGAUUCCAGAACAAAUAGCUCUUUGCAAAGGAUUGAAGAUGCCAGAAGAACGGUAGAGUCAAUACAAAGAGGCGCUCCACCUUGCCAAGCAAGCAACAGCUCGACCAGCAGAUCCUCUCAAGGACAGCCAAAGUUCUAUGACAUCUAUCUUAAGUUUAGUAAAGACACGGUUGAUGUACAUAAAGUGAAGGACAUCAUACGCAGGAAUGACUGGACGAUGAUGACUGCUGCCGAAAGCAGGCUCGGUGUCCCGAAAAUGACCAGUAUCGAGGACGCCCUGGAGACCUGUUCCCACGUGGUCCUUAUAAUCACGAAGGAGGAUUGCGAGAAGGACGAUACGUAUUGGACCAUGACGAUGGGGAUGGCAUUUCAGUCGAUGGUGGGCAGGAGUUUGAAUGGUCGGGUGAUUUCAAUCCGAUGCUGCGAGGAGAGUCUUCUUCCCUUAUCGCUUCAGAGUUUGGAAAAUGCAUGCAUCGAUGAUCGCUCUCUAGAGGACAAGCUGAAGAGGACCAUUGAUGUUAGCAUCAGGAAGAAAAAAGAAGGAUCAUCAGUGGCAAUAACUCCAAUGCGACUUGACGAGGAAGACGUUCAACGAGACAGAAUGGCUUCACUCCCAAACAGCAGCCGACUGGUUGACCAACCUUCAGGUGAUGGGGAAGUACAAGAGAACUGGCUUGAGAAUCUGCCAGAGCUCACCGAACUCAUCCUGUGGAAGGUCAGUGAGGUCAUUUCACCGCGUAGACUUAUGUCAUUGGGACUGAAGCUUGGUCUUUCUCAGAUAAAGUUGAAGAUCCUGCUUGAUGAAAGAAGCACCAUUUCCCAACAGGAAGAGAUAACCUUCAAGAUGCUCUACCAGUGGUACAAUGACCAAGUAGGUGACCUGUCCAAGUUCUUCUUCAAGGUUCUGACAACAGACGCUGGCCUUAAACAGGAACAGGUCUUCAACUUGUUUUUUGAGAAGCAGCACACAUGCACAAGUUCGUCUGGAAGAUCUUUCCAGGAUUUUCAGUUGUGGGAAAUAGCAGAGGAACUCCAUGUAGAUAAGCUGAUCCCAUUGAGUCUUCGAUUAGGUAUGACCUAUGCAAGGAUCUGCAGAAUUCGAAAGGAAAGCAACCUUCAUUCUGUAAAUGUUUGCUACAACGUCAUCAUGCAGUGGCAGAAGGAACAAACAUCUCAGACUGACCAGGUUGAAACUCUCGCCAGGAUUCUGGACGCCUGCCACGAGAGAAGAAAAGCAUACAAGAUCCGCCAAAAUCAUUUGGGUGUCACCAAUGAGGGGAAGACAUUGCUUAUCAGUGAAGACCAGCCUAUGAAGGGAGUGACAGAAGUUCAGCUCAAUGUCACCCAUUCCAACCAGUUGGUAAGAGAAGAAGCACAAGGUAAAAUAAAAGCUCUCCUAGAUGCCAGUUCCUCAGAGUUCAGUUUGGUCCCAUCCACAGGAAUCGCAGCAGAUUUUCUAGAAGGGCUGAAGACAUUCAGCAACUUGUGUAAGCGUCAUUCAGACUUGAUGAAGGACUUGGAGAGGAGCAUAGGAAGGGAUGAAUUCUACAAGCUCAAUGGAUUGACUCAUGAUUCUAUUCAUUUCCAUGUGAAGGUGUACAACAUCGAAGGGCUACGUUGGCUUCAAAGUGAUGUCCAAAGCGGGCGCAUCGGACAUCAGCUUGGAAAGGUGCUCAUCUCUGAAAAAACCAAGCAGCAAGUUCAAAAGGAAAUCGUUCUAGAUGUCGCGCCGGAAGGAACUGGUGUUUGGGAUCUACUUUCCCAUGCAGUCAUUGCCCCAAUACUUCCAAGCUCUAGUCCAUCAACAUAUUUUGAGAAGAGGGAAGCAUUAAAAGAAGACCGAACAUCAUCGUCAGAUCUCAUGGCCCAUCACGGACACCCAGUUUUCCAGGAAGCCACUGUCAGAAAGCAGAUAGUCACUCAGGAGGAAGAAAAUUGUGGUCUCCUAGCUGGUAGUUCUCCUCCGGUAACACCUAGAGAAGUUGCUUCAUUGGCAUCUCAUGUAUCAGUGAGACAGGAGAAAUGUGGGCCAGAGGAUGCUGUGGACAAAGAAAAAGAAUCUCUAACAAGCACAGAGAAAGCAUAUACAGGUAAGAACAAUUAUAUAAAAAAUUGAGCUACUUGUCCCUAUCCUUACAUCUUUUACAUUGAAUUUGAUUUUUUUGUGAUUUGUUAAAAGGCACAAACUUUAUUUCAAGCCUUUAUCGGAACCAUGUGUGUUUAAUCUGUUGAGGAAACAUAACUGAAGUAAAGGGCAAUCCAACCCUUGUAAGAACUUCAUUUGUAU